GAUUCGAAUUAGCGGUGGUUCCUCGCUCUGUUUGCUGGUGUAACUGUGGCUGACCGCGUCUUUCGCCAUGGACUACCCGGAAAAUGCCCUCCAAAUGUUUGAGGCCCAUAUGCAGCGGUACAAGGGUGAUGACCCACUUGGUGAAUGGGAAAGUUACAUGCAGUGGGUAGAAGAGAAUUUUCCUGAGAAUAAAGAAUACUUGACAACUCUAUUACAACAUUUAAUGAAGGAAUUCUUAGAUAAGAAGAGAUACCACAAUGACCCAAGGUUCAUCAAUUAUUGUUUAAAAUUUGCUGAGUGCAACACUGACCGUCACCAGUUUUUUGAGUUUCUGUACAACCAUGGGAUUGGGACGCUGUCCUCUCCUCUGUACAUGGCCUGGGCUGGGCACCUGGAGGUCCAGGGAGAGCUGCAACAUGCCAGUGCCAUCUUCCGGAGAGGAAUUCAGAACGGGGCGGAACCUGGAGAGCUGCUACAGCAACAGUACAGGUUAUUUCAGACGCGUGUCACCGAAACCCAUUUGCCAGCUCAAGCUAGAACCUCAGAACCACUGCAUAAUGCUCCGAUUUUAAACCAAAUGAUGACAUCAAAAUCAAAUUCAGGAAAUAACUCAGACUGCGUUUCUAAGAAUCAGGGUUCAGAAGUUUCUGGAGUAGCAUCUUCAACUUGUGUCAAAGAGCCGAAUAUGCAAGUACAGGAACAGCGGGUGAUCAUGAUUUCUAAGUCGGGAUACUCUGCACAGCCCUCUCUGGCAGCCAGAGCUGAUGUUCAGCAGGUUGUUAUGUACUGCAAGGAGAAGCUCAUUCGUGGAGACUCAGAAUUCUCCUUUGAAGAGCUGAGAGCCCAGAAGUACAAUCAACGGAGAAAGCAUGAGCAGUGGGUAAACGAAGACAGACAUUAUAUGAAAAGGAAAGAAGCAAAUGCUUUUGAAGAACAGCUACUGAAAGAGAAAAUGGAUGAACUUCAUAAGAGGUUGCACCAAGUGACGGAGCCGUCCCAGGAGAGCCUGCCUGCUUCCCAGCACAGUCCUGAGGUUCAUCCAGCGUGCAUGGGGCCAAGUGUCAGCUCCCAGCAGGAACUGAAUGCCCCAUCCCUUCCAGCUGCCACUCAGCACACCUCAGGGUACCUGAGAGAGAGGCUCAGAGAGGCACCUCCUGAGGCAAAUGCUGUCACUGUCGCUUUGGUGUCCCCAGCCAUCAGCCAGAGUGUCGCUCCUCCUGUUCCAUUGACAGCCCAACCAGUGACAGACUCCAUGUUUGCGGUGGCCGGAGAAGAUGCCAGGUGUGUGAUUCAAACUACUCAUGAAUUCAAGCCACAGAGUGGGGCCGACAUGAAAGAAGGGUGUGAAACACAUAAGGUUGUUAACACAAGUUCUUUGCACACAACACCAAACACGUCACUGAGAAUGGUCCAGGCAACGCCAUCCACAGUGCAGCCGUCGCCCACCGUGCACACAAAAGAAGCGUUAGGUUUCAUCAUGAAUAUGUUCCAGGUUCCUACACUUCCUGACAUUUCUAAUGACAAAGAUGAAUGGCCAUCUCUAGAUCAAAAUGAAGAUGCGUUUGAAGCCCAGUUUCAAAAAAACGCAAGCUCUUCUGGGGUUUGGGGAGUCAAUAAGGUUAUCUCUUCUUUGUCAUCUGCUUUUUCUGUGUUUGAAGAUGGGAACAAAGAAAAUUAUGGGUUGCCACAGCCUAAAAAUAAACCCACAGGAGCCAGGACCUUUGGAGAACGCUCUGUAAGCAGAUUUUCUCCAAAGCCAAAGGAAGUACCUUAUCCUGAGGAGUGUUUGGAUGACUCGACUGUAUGGGGCGUCCGCUGCACCAAGACCCUGGCGCCCAGUCCUACAAGCCCAAGAAACUUCACGUCUGCCGCUCGGCUUGCGUCCACACCUUUCCAGAAACUUGCGUUGGAUGCAGGGCACGCUCUGGAAGACAAAGAAAAUGUGGCAGCAACACUGGAUAGCCAUGUGACUUUGGAUUCGUGUGAAGAAAAUGGGGGGCCCUCAAAAGACAGAAAGUUCAGUCCCAUUCAGGAGGAAGGCCCGACACCAGCGGUCCCCACCGAUGCGCGUUCGGUGUCCUCGCUGCAUCCUCUCCUGCCAGCUACAGGUGGCGUGUUGACCCGGGAGGCGGAGCGGGGCCUGGAGGCUUGUACACUCGCCGACACUGACCUUGCCGCCACGGGGGUCCCGGCAGACGCCAGCUCUGGGUCCCAGGAAGAACGGACGCAGACUUGUCCCCUUGGGAAUGCCCAUGUCCCAAACCUCACUAUUGUGAAUCCAUGGGAUGAUGAACUGAUUCUCAAACUUUUAUCCGGGCUUUCUCAGCCAGUGUGCUCCCAUCCAGAUGCCUUUGAGUGGCCAUGCAAACUUCCUGCCAUCAAGCCCAAGAGCGAGUUCCAACUGGGCUCUCUGCUGGUCUACAUUGAUCGCCUUCUUGGAGAAGGGGCUUUUGCCCAGGUCUAUGAAGUUACCCAUGGAGAUGUGAAGGACACUGACAGCAAACAGAAGUUUGUUCUGAAGGUCCAGAAGCCCGCCAACCCCUGGGAAUUCUAUAUCGGGACCCAGCUGAUGGAGAGGCUGAAGCCCAGCGUGCGGCACCUGUUUAUCAAGUUCUAUUCUGCCCACUUCUUCCAGGAUGGCAGCAUGCUGGUGGGAGACCUAUACAGCUAUGGGACACUUCUGAAUGCUAUCAACCUCUACAAGAACACCCCUGAGAAGGUGAUGCCUCAGGCUCUGGUGCUGUCCUUUGCUGUGAGCAUGCUCCACAUGGUGGAACAAGUCCACAACUGUGAAAUCAUCCACGGGGACAUUAAGCCAGACAACUUCAUACUCGGGGGCAGAUUCUUGGAACAGGACAGCAAAGAUGACGAUUUAUCUGCUGGCUUGGCACUGAUUGACCUGGGUCAGAGUAUAGAUAUGAAACUUUUCCCGAAAGGGACUACUUUUACAGGAAAGUGUGAAACGUCCGGUUUCCAGUGUACUGAGAUGCUCAGUAACAAAUCAUGGAACUACCAGAUUGAUUAUUUCGGAGUUGCUGCAACAGUGUACUGCAUGCUUUUCGGCUCUUACAUGAAAGUGAAAAAUGAAGGUGGAGUCUGGAAGCCAGAAGGUCUCUUUAGAAGGCUUCCUCAUUUGGAUAUGUGGAAUGAAUUUUUUCACAUCAUGUUGAAUAUACCAGACUCUCAACAUCUUCCAUCUUUGGAUAUGUUAAGGCAAAAGCUGAAGAAAGUAUUUCAAGAACACUAUGUUAACAAGAUUAAGACCCUACGUAACAGGCUAAUUGUACUGCUCUUAGAAUACAAGCGUUCUCGAAAAUAAGAGAUGAUGCUCCCUAAAAAUGGCUUUGUAAAUGCUGGUCUGCUCACCUUAAACCUUGAUGUCUUCACAUUUAUUGUUUAUGUAAAUGUUUCUUUUUUAAAAGUCUAUAAAAUAUAUCUUUGAACACUUA